GAUUCCUCAAUAAAUGCUAUGAACGAGGAGCUUCCUCGGAUUCAGGAGCAAGUUUACUAUGGACAUAUUACCUCAAAUACAGAUGUUUUAGAUAAAUUUCUAUCCGAAAGUGGUCAUCGCCGCUAUAACCCUCAGGUUGUUGAUGGCGGGAAGGAAAAAAACAAUUUUAUUUCUAUUGCCAAAUCAUACAUUGCAAAGGAAUCUAUACUACAUGACAUCAGCUACCUACAUUCUCCUGGAACUUUAGAUGAUCUGAAACCAGUGACGCAUCUUUUUGUUGUUAAUGUGACAUCAAUGAAAGGGAUAAACUUGCUCCGUGAAGGAUUACAUUACUUGAUGGCGGAUUCUAGGAAAGCCCGUAUUGGAGUUCUGAUUUAUGGGGAUGUUUUAUUCUCAUCUCCUGGUCUUCUUUUUGCAGAAAUAUUUGAUAAAGCAUCAUCCAUUUUUGGUGAUAAGCGCAAUGUCUUGAACUUCUUGGACGAUGUUUGCUCUAUCUAUGAAAGUCAAUUCAUGCAAAUUUGCUCAUCUGAUACUACCAACCUGAACAACUUUAUAGAAAAAGUUUGUGAGCUUGCUCUGGCAAAUGAGUUGCCAUCUGAUGAUCUUAGAUCAAUCCUUUCAAAGUUCUCCUCAUCUAUGAGAAUUAAUCAAUUCGAGAAGGUUUCUUAUUUUAUGCAUGAACAACUGGGACUUGAAGUUUGCUCAGAUGCUAUAAUCACUAAUGGAAGGGUGUUUGCUUUUAUGAACGGAGUUUCCUUUUCAAUUGAUGAUUUGGAGCUUCUGGAAUCUGUUGAAUAUCAGCACCGAAUUAGGUAUAUUUAUGAGAUUAUUAAUGAAGCGGACUGGUCAAAUGCUGAUCCCGAUGAGCUAACAAGCAAAUUUUACAGCGAUCUAAUAAUGUUGGUUUCAUCAGCAAUGUCUAAUCGUGAGAGAAGUUCAGAUAGAGCCCAUUUUGAAGUUCUUAAUGCAAAGCACAGUGCCAUCAUUUUGAACAGUGGGAAUUCUAGCAUACAUAUUGAUGCUGUUAUCGACCCUUUAUGUGCUUCAGGGCAAAAACUUGCUCCCUUGCUUCUUAUACUUUGGAAACGAAUACAGCCAAGCAUGAGAAUUGUGCUAAAUCCAAUGAGUUCUCUCGUAGAUCUCCCUUUGAAAAACUACUACAGAUUUGUGAUUCCAUCGAUGGAUGAUUUUAGCUCAAUUGAUCACUCAGUGAAUGGCCCUAAAGCUUUUUUUGCAAACAUGCCCUUGACCAAAACCCUCACAAUGAAUCUUGAUGUCCCUGAACCAUGGCUUGUUGAGCCAAUCAUUGCAAUACAUGAUCUUGACAAUAUACUGCUUGAGAAUCUUGGUGACACAAGGACGUUGCAGGCAGUUUUUGAACUCGAAGCACUUCUUCUAACUGGACACUGUUCGGAGAAGGAUCGUGAUCCGCCGCGAGGCCUUCAGCUUAUUCUAGGCAACCAGCAAAUGCCUCACUUAUUGGACACUCUUGUCAUGGCUAAUUUGGGUUACUGGCAAAUGAAAGUUCGGCCCAGUGUAUGGUACCUUCAACUAGCUCCUGGUCGAAGUGCAGAUCUCUACAUGAUGAAGAAGGAUGAGGAGGGAACACGUUUCUCUCUUUCCAAAGAAAUAAUAAUCGAUGAUUUAAGGGGCAAGCUUGUCCGGUUAGAAGUAGAGAAGCAAAAGGGAAAAGAACAUAUUGAGCUAUUAAGCGGCUCUGAUGAUGAACAUAUAAAGGAGAAGAAAGAUGAUCAUACUGGUUGGAAUGCAAACCUAUUAAAGUGGGCUUCUGGCUUUAUUGCUGGUAAUGGUCUCUCAAGGAAGAGAAAUGAGAGUUCUUCAGAUAACAAGAAGAGCGAGAGACAUGGAGAAACAAUAAAUAUAUUCUCUGUUGCAUCUGGCCAUUUGUAUGAGCGCUUUCUUAAAAUCAUGAUUCUAAGCGUUCUUAAGAACACUCGAAGACCUGUAAAGUUUUGGUUCAUCAAGAACUACCUAUCUCCUCAGUUUAAGGACGUAAUACCCCACAUGGCACAAGAAUAUGGAUUUGAGUAUGAACUCAUCACAUACAAGUGGCCUACAUGGUUGCAUAAACAGAAAGAGAAACAAAGAAUAAUAUGGGCUUACAAAAUCUUAUUUCUUGAUGUUAUUUUUCCUAUUUCUCUCAAAAAGGUGAUAUUCGUCGACGCUGAUCAAGUUGUAAGGUCAGAUUUGGGAGUCUUGUAUGACAUGGAUUUGAGAGGGAAGCCUCUAGCUUAUACACCCUUCUGUGACAACAAUAAGGAUAUGGAUGGAUACCGGUUCUGGAGACAAGGUUUUUGGAAGGAUCAUUUACGCGGAAGACCAUAUCACAUAAGUGCUCUGUAUGUUGUUGAUUUGGUGAAAUUCAGGCAAAUGGCAGCAGGAGACACACUAAGGGUGUAUUAUGAGACCCUUAGUAAAGACCCAAAUAGUCUUUCUAAUCUUGACCAGGAUUUACCAAACUAUGCUCAGCACACGGUACCAAUAUUUUCUCUUCCUCAAGAGUGGCUUUGGUGUGAAUCUUGGUGCGGAAAUUCGACCAAGUCCAAGGCUAAAACCAUUGAUCUUUGUAACAAUCCAAUGACCAAGGAACCCAAACUUCAGGGUGCUAAAAGAAUAAUUCCAGAGUGGGCUGAUCUUGAUGCAGAGGCAAGAAGGUUCACAUCAAGAAUAUUAGGUGAAGAAUUGGAGGAGACUCAACAAAUCUCUCCCGCUACAAUCAGUCAUAAGAAAACUGACUUAGAAUCCAAAGCAGAGUUGUAAUUUUUUCUUUUCUCUUGAAUUUAAUUUGUAGCAUUUAUUUGGUCCCAAGGCCCUAUUAAGAGCUGUGGGUUUUAAAUUUAUUUUCUUAAGGCCAUUUAAAGGCAAAAAUUUUGAACAUUCAAUGUACUAAUAAAUAACGUUAUGAAGGUUUC